AUGUCACGACUGAAGAUCAACCUUGACGCCAUCGAGCGCGAUGGGGCGAGUGCAACAGAGGGUUUCUGCGCCGACGGCGUCCGCAUCGGUUCGCUUCUGGUGUCGUCUGAGGGAGUGCGGGAUAAUCAGGGCAACUCGUGCGUGCUGUCUCUCAGCGACCUUGAAGUGGUUCCGGAAACGGCUGGCGGCUUCUUGGGCAAAGGUAGCAGCGGCUCUGUUCGCCGCGCAGUUCACCGGGGCAGCAAGAAGAUGGUCGCCGUCAAGGAGAUCAAAGUGACAGGGCAGACGCACAUCAAUGAGAUCCGACGAGAGCUGGAGACGCUGCACGCUGGCGACUUUGCAACGCCGUACCUCGUCAGUUUCUACGGUGCGUUCGCACAUGAGGGGUCCGUCUUCAUCGCGAUGGAAGCGAUGGACGGCUCUCUACACGAGCUCUACAAACCCGUCCCACCACCUGUCUUGGCGUCUAUCACGCGACUGAUGCUGAAGGGACUCACGUACCUGCAUCGUACCCGCCAUCUCAUUCAUCGCGAUUUGAAGCCCAGCAACGUUCUCUACAACAGCCGCACCGGCGACAUCAAGAUAUCCGACUUUGGUGUGAGCUCUAAUCUGGAGUGCACAAAGGCAGACGCCCACAGCUUUGUUGGCACGGUCACGUAUAUGAGUCCUGAGCGGCUGCGAGGCGAGCACUACUCGUACGGGGCCGAUAUAUGGUCUCUGGGGCUCGUUGUCGCAGAGCUGGCGGUGGGGGUGUGCCCGUAUGCCGGUUUGCGCGGUGGCAGCAGCGAGGCACGCUUCUGGGCACUGUUGCAGCAUCUCAACGGUGACGGUGCAGCGCUUGAGCUACCGCCGGAGAUGGAUAGCGACCUGGCCGACUUCAUAAGCGCGUGUGUCGUGAAAUCCCCUGACCGACGGCCCACGUGCACCGAGUUGCUACGUCACCCGUUCAUUGUGAGGCACACAGCUGCGGUGCCAGAGGCGGAGGCGAGACCCUUCGCGCCCACCACUCCCACUGUUCAUGCUCCCGGAGAACUCUUUUCGCCGCUGAAUAGCGCCUCGCCUGCGGCAAGGUCGGCCGUGCCGCGUGCCAGCGAGGGGAGCACUCUAAGGGCUACCUCGCCAUCUCCCCUUGAGCGGCACGACGGCGAAACGGAUGCGGAUGUCGCAGACCGCACCGUCGUUGCGCGAUGGAUCCAUGCUGUGAUGGUGCGGGAGGUGUUGCACGGAGCGAGAGGGCACGGCCGCAAGGACCUGCACCAGGAGCCACUUGCUGCCGUGUCAGCGUCCACAGCCACAGAUUCGGGCGAGGGAGGCGGGGCGGCGGCCGUUUCUGCGGUUAGCUUAGAGGAUGUACAGGUCGCACAACUUAGGGAGUUCCGGGCCGAGAGGAAUCUAGAUCAGCAAUCGGGUGAUGGUGGCAGUGCCCCCGUGGAGCAAGACUGCACCGCUGGCGUACGCUCUCUCACGUGUGAGGACCUGCGGUGGACCUCCACGGGGGAACCGUCUGUCAACCUCGAUGAUGAACUAAACCGACUUCUCUUUUGA